AUGAAUUCCAACAUAACCAUAAUAUCAGUUGGAAUAUUAUCAUUCUUGACAGGGUAUUAUACUUGUCAAAUCUUCAAAAACCAACUUAAUACUAAAACAAAAAAAUUUUAUACAUCAUCAGAUGAUGAAACAGAUAUUGAAACAGAAGAUGAAGAAGAAGAUAUAGAUAUCAACUCAAUGGCAUUGAAUGAAAUACCUGGAGAAGUUAGAAUGACAUUAGUAAUACGACAAGACCUCAAAAUGGGAAAGGGAAAAGCAGCAGCACAAUGUUCUCAUGCAACAUUAUCAUUAUAUAAAAAAAUUACAAAUCCAAGUUCAGAUGCAUAUAAUCCAGAAAUGGUCAAAAGAUGGGAAUAUGGUAAUGGACAAGCUAAAAUUACAUUACAAGUGCCCAAUCAAGAAGAAAUGGAUUUAUUAUUUGCAAAAGCUAUCAGCUUAGGUAUAAAUGCUUGUAUAAUUCAUGAUGCUGGUAGAACUCAAAUCGCUGCUGGUAGUGCUACAGUAUUAGGUUUAGGACCUGCUCCAAAAAAAAUAUUAGAUGAUGUUACAGGAGAAUUGAAAUUGUAUUAA